AUGUAACAUCCUAGAUCAACUUCUGCUCAUUAUAAUACAUGCAAUUCUUAAUACGGAAAUGGUUGGUUAUUACAUGAAGGGAAACAACAAGUAAAAUUGAAUGAAACAACUGUUCCUACAUAUGCAGAAAUUGUUAGAAGCAUGCAAGUAAUAUCAAAUAUUAUUAUGUGUAUAGGACUUUAGAAGAGCUGAAAAGUUAAUUAAAAAUAAAUUAGUGGCUCAAAAAUUUGGUUUAGAACAAUAAAAGUAAGAGACAGAGGAAGAAAAAUAAAGAAGAAAAAUUGAUAAUAAGGUUCCUCCAAAACCAUUUCCAGUAAGAGAAAGUGAAUAUACAAAACCAGAUUAAGGAAUUAAUGUUGGUAUUUAGAUUUAACUAUUCAAAUAGGAUCACCAAUUUAUGAAACAUCUAAUAUGUAAUAUGGGCAAUUAAACCCAACGAAAUUUGAAUUAAUUGAAAAGUUUUAUCCAAGAGAUGCUAAAUUCACAUAAGGAUUCUUAGGAAAUACAUUUAAAUUUGAUGGUCUUAAUACUAGUGUUGCCUUUUCAAAAACCCAUAAAGCAUUGGAUGAGUACUGA